AUGAAGGAGAAGCUGCUCAGCAUUGAUGCGAGUCUUGAAGAGAUGAAGGAGAAGCUGCUCAGCAUUGAUGCGACUGUCGCCACACGCUCAAUGUACGUUCCUGAAGAGAUCACGUUUCACCUUCUCCGUCUGUCGUUGCUGCGAGAGUACUUGGAGCUCGAAUCCCAAGAGUUAAAGAUAACGAUCCCGUUCAAUUUCAAGAUGGACAACAGCAUAGACGACUGGGUGCUGAUGUGUUUCCUAGUGGCCAACGACUUUCUUUCGCACUUGCCCAAUCUCCACAUUGCGCACAAUGUGCGGUUGGUUUUCUACCAGGCCUACAUUGAUGUGAUGCCAUCUCUUGGAGGUUACAUCAACGAAUAUGGAAAGCUAAAUUCGAAAAGGUUUGAAAAAUUUCUUACCAGGCUUUCUCAGAUUUUUUUCCAGUUUGACUAUGAAAAUUUCGCCGACGUACAGGCUGAACAAAAGUUCUUAGGUUCUAAACGAGCCUAUGCCGAAGCACCAAACGGUAUUGUGCAGCAGAACGGGUCGCCACCUUCUGGCAUGGAGAAGACUAAGGAUCUAGAUGAAAAGCUGUCUCAAAGUGCUCAAAGUUUUCUGUCCGGCCUGUUGGAAAAGUUUAGUCACCUGGACAUUCAUGACUUCGAUAGUGACGAAGAUCAGGAGGGUUUUCUUGAGAUGGAGUUUCAUCAGCGCAAGCGGGACUACUACGUCAACAAAUUAGAAAACUCAGAUGUAAACAAGCAAGUUAUGCAAGAACAAGCGCACGUCUGGGCCAUUCAAUGGAACCUCCACUACUACUACAAUGGCGUGCAGUCAUGGAAAUGGUUCUACCUGCACAACUACUCCCCAUACAUUUCGGAUAUCAAAUAUUUCCAGAACUUGUACAUGACGUUUGAGCUGGGCAAGCCGUUUCUGCCAUUCCAGCAGCACAAGCCAUUCUUCCUUCAGCCAGUAAAAAGCUGGUGCCCAUCGCCUAGCAGGGAGCCGAGGCGAAAUCCGGCAUGCACGAUGGGGGCGCAUGUGCAGAUCACCGCAUGCAGACAGCAAGUCGUGCAGCAUCGCUCUGAGGCUGACCUCUGCACCGCCGGAGGUACUGCGGCACAGCAGAGGCAAACGUUUUACUGA